AUGCCUCGGAGUCACUUCGAGUUCGCCUCGGAGUCACUUCGGGUUCGCUUCGGCGAUGCGGAAAACUAUGUAAACACAGCAUUCUAUAUCACUCUAAGACACUGUGGAUUGUCACUUUGAAAGCACAAAAACAUCGAAUGGUAAAGAUCUCCAGGCUAUUCUACUUUGAUGGAUGAUCUUGGUGAAGUUAAGGCCUUCAUAAGGCCCGAAGAAAAGUGCAAUCAUUGUAUCAAAGGGAAUAUUGUGCGGAAUCUUGAAAAAGAUAAAAGAUUAUUGGCAAUCAUCAAGAAUAGUUGGACUGCAAGUCUCAUAAUAUUCAGUUAUGUUGGUGAAACGCCACUUGCUCUAAACCUGCGUGUUGAAUUCGCAAUACCGAUAAACACAGAAUUUAGCAUUGCCGUUGAACGAGAUGGGGACAUGGUUCAAGCUUAUGGAAAGAAGGUGUCUGUUCGGAUUAUCGCCGAGAAAGGUGUUCGACUUGUUGUUGAAUUUGCAUCUGGCGAGGAAGUCGGGAUAUUUAUUAUGGAGUUGAAAAAAGCUAUAAGCGCGUACAAGCAAAGAGCAAGCGUUGUUGGGGAGUAUUCGUUUAAAUGGAUCGAAAACUACACUUCGGUUAUGUUUAGGCCUCGAAACACCACGUCUACAGACGGGCCUUCAUUCCUGAGCCAUCUUUCGUACGACAAUCCAUCCUGCAAUACCAGUGCCAAAGACUCAAAUCCACCGGAUGAGGACACUGACACCUUGGGAUUGCUUGGCUCAACUGUUCUCUCGUCAAACGAAAUCGUUCAUCGUUCCCGACCGGAAAGAUCUUCCUUUACUUCAAGUAGUUUAUUACCCGACGUACCGCUGAACUUCAGAACUGAACGAGAAACGUUCGUUCAAUUGUUGCUAGGAGAGCGAGAAGCCGAGUUCAUUGAUAUUCAGCAAAUGAGAUUUCUCGUGUGUAGUUGGAAUGUAAACGGUCAGGAGCCUUAUGGGAACCUAAAGCCGUGGUUUACGACGGAGGAAGAGGCGCCUGACGUCAUAGCUGUUGGUUUCCAAGAACUUGACCUCAGCACCGAAGCUUUUAUGGGUCGUUAUUCGAAACGCGAGGACGAGUGGCUAGAGAAAGUUGGUAAAAGUGUAAAUGGAGUUGGUAAUUAUGAGAAGGUACAAUCUGUUCGUCUAGUUGGAAUGCUUUUGGUUGUUUUUAUCAAAGCUGAAUAUUAUAACUACAUCCAAGAGGUCGAUACGAGAGACGUAGGAACAGGCAUCAUGGGAAUGAUGGGGAACAAAGGUGGCGUUGCUGUUCGCUUCCGGUUGUUCAACACAACUGUCUGCUUUGUGAACUCUCAUUUGGCCGCACAUCAAGAGGAGGUGGAGAGACGGAAUCAAGACUAUCGUGAUAUCAUGGCAAGAUUAACAUUUCCUAGAAAUUCGCUGAGUAUCACGGACCACGAUGUCGUGUUUUGGUUUGGCGACCUGAACUAUCGUAUUGAUCUACCGAAUGAGGAUGUCAGAAAAUCCAUUGACGAAGUGGAAUAUGAAUAUUUACUGGAGCAUGAUCAGUUAAUAAAACAGAUGAGAAAUGAGAAGUGCUUUCAAAUGUUCAAAGAAGGUUGGAUCCGUUUUCAACCGACGUACAAAUACAAUCCUGGAACUGACAAUUGGGACAGUGAAAAGGAUAGAAUCCCUGCCUGGUGCGAUCGUGUACUUUGGUGGACAUCUGGGAACAACUCUGUACAACAGAUGGCUUACACAAGCUGUCACCAGCUGAAACUGAGUGACCAUAAACCUGUCCAUGCUUUGUUCAAUGUUAAUGUCAAAGUCGUGGACAAAAAACGCGAGAAAGUCGUAUUGGAAGAGGUUGUCCGUGAACUCGAUAAACGAGAGAACGACUUCCUACCACAAGUCGACCUCAGCAUCAAAGAGAUGCAUUUCGGAAAUAUUCAAUUUUUGGAGGAGAAAACCCAAACGUUUGAAAUCCGGAAUGUAGGCCAGCUUGCUGUGCAGUACACAUUUAUACCUAAACUGCAAGAAGGACAUUUUUGUAAACCUUGGCUUAGGAUAGACCCUUACACUGGACUAGUCAAACAAAAUGGCACCAAGACAGUUAAAGUGACAGCAUUUGUGAGUCCGAGUUCCGCUGGUCCAUUGACAGCGAAAAAGGAAAAAAUGGAAGAUAUACUCGUGUUGCAUUUACAAGGCGGGAAAGAUAUUUUUAUACCCAUAAGCGCUACCUACAUACCCAGCGUAUUUGGAUCCUCCAUCGAGAGUUUAGUUUUUCUUUAUCGACCCAUUCAAGACCCACCUGUGGCGAAGCUUAUUGAUGUGGAUUGCUCGGAACUGGACGCGAAACCACGCAACUCAAAGGCCUUGGACUUACCGAAAGAACUUUGGCUUCUUGUUGAUCAUUUACAAAAACGUGGUUUAAGAGAGCAAGGAAUCUUCAGGCAGUCUGCUUUAAAAGAUGAAUUUGAAAAGAUCCGUGAUCACUUGGACACAAAAGCCGAUGGCAAUUUACCUGGCAAUAUCCAUUCCGUCGCCGAAGCGUUGUUACUGUUUUUAGAAAGUCUUGAAGAACCUGUUAUUCCAUUUAAAAUAUACCAGAAAUGUUUAGAUUGUAGCAGCAAUUACACGUUAUGUAAACAGAUGGUGAUGACCUUACCACUGAGCCAUCAAAAUGUUUUUAGAUAUCUUAUUGAAUUUAUGAAAGAGCUUUUAUCGAAUUCCAUUUAUAACGGCCUGGAACCUAAAAUAUUAGCCACAAUAUUUAGCACUAUAAUGUUACGUCCGCCGCCAAAUACCGAACCGUCCACGGGAAAACAGCUCACGAAACAAGCACAGAGUCAAAAACGUACUAAAUUUAUACUUCAUUUUAUAUCAGUACCAAACAAUCCAGCAAUUGGCAGGGACCAAUAUUUAACCUGAAUUCCGUCGUAUAACUGACGUGUAUUUCUGGUUAGACCGGUUAAUCUUGUUUAGUACAAUUAUACUCGUGUAUAUAACUGGUUUGACAUGUUUUCGAAUCGAAAGACCAGCAGUUCAGCAAGCUAUUCUGGUUUAACAGGAUAUUUCCUGCUCAAAGGAACAUGCUUAACCCUGUUAAACUGGUUAAUGCCUGGUCAAUCAAUGUUCAAAUAGGCUGUAAAAUUCCAGGUGGGACAAACUUGUUUUGUACUUUCUCGUUUGACAGGUUUAUAUAUAUACUUGUUCGAACUGAUUGAUACUAUCCUAAUUUAUAAAGUGGUCAAAUUGACCUAUGUACAAUUCAAAUUCAAGAAAAUUUUAAACAUAGACAAUCGU